GCUUGCGACCAUACAACCCGCACUUUCUUCUCUAUCCUUCUCAAUCGCCCCAGGCUCUUCUUGCUCUGUCGAAAGAAGCAAUUAAGAGAAAAAGAAACCAGAGCAAUGACUCCUCCCACAACACUCUUCCACGCAUUCCUCCGCCCUUGCGUGCUCCAGAUCCUCCGCGCGACAGGGUAUCACGCUGCCCGGCCCGUUGUAAUCGACACAUUCACCGAACUUGCUGCCCGGUAUCUCCUGUCUCUUUGCCAUGCCACCUCCGCUCAUGCCUUAGAUAACGCUUCUACUACCGCCGCAGCAGCAGCAGCAGUCACAAGUGACGGCCUAAACGACGAUGAAGAGACCCAGCCAUACGAUUCACCGAUCAACCCCUCUAUCACAAUUGUUAAUGUGCGCAUGGCCCUAGAAGAGGCAGGGGCAUUUGCCAUCAGAGAGCGCUUCCUCGAACCCGACCCAGGGACCGAACAACAACGGCAGCAUGAACAGCUGCACCAAGAACAAAGGAAAUUCAUAUUGGGCUCCGAUCGCGACCGGAUGGCCGAGGACACCCGGGGCGUGGAUGAGUUCAUCGCCUGGUUCUCCGGGUCCAAGUGCCGCGCCAUUAGGGAGAUGGUCAUCGCGGGUCUAGGCGACGGGGUAGUGACGGCUGGGACUGCCGAAGGAGAUAGUUCGGCGACCGACUACCUAAACGCCCUAUUGUCCAAACAUUCAAAAUCAACCGAGGACUUCAAGUUCCACGGAACAAUUCUCGGAAAAGGUAUCGAGUCUUCUCCAGAGGUCUUGGUGGAGGGCGGCGAGCUAUCGAGCAUCCAUAAAUGGAUGCAGAUGAUGCGCAGCCCAUCACCACCGUCCUCUCCAGUACGAUCAUCGGCUGCAGACUCCAGACCUCCCAGCUCAGGGCUCAGCUCCGUUGGUGAUCGACUGGGGGACGAGAAGGACAGCAUGGAGCUGUCAUGAUACGAUGACGCUCCUGACUUCGCUUCACAACAGUCGUGGUGUUAGACGUCAAUACAUAUUUAGCUGCUGGCUUCCGUGCGAGUCACAGUACCAACCGGUUUUGUGGAUCAAGACCAACCAUCACUGAAGUUUUGGGCGCUAC